CUUCCAGCAUUUCCUGAGCUGGAUGAUCCUAGGAUUUGUAAGACAGGAAAAAAAGGAAAGAGUGAGGGCGGUCGAGAGAGGCAGGAUGCUUGUUUUUCAUUUGACCAAAGAGGUCUGAAGGCAAGACACCGGGGCCUAAGAAAGCAAGCUCUCUGUGGGAUCUGCCCAAGCUCCCUCUUCACUCGCUUGUUAGUUUGCUAACCUAUUAUCCCCCUCCGUUAUAUUCUCCUCCUUCUCUGAACAUAUUUAGUCGGGAAGGAGGUGAAGGAGGGGGUGAGGGAAGGAGACCGCUCCCCUUCCCUCUAAAGCAGAGGAAAAACACCAGAAGACCCAGCAGGAGGCUGUGAAAGUCCCUGGGACUCCAGCAAGGAAGUGACACUCCCAACAUAACAUCUACUUCAGCUGCCAAGUCCGAAGCGGGGCCCUCCUCCACCCACUGCUUUCCUUUGAUGAGAACUCUUUGGAUUUCAGGCUAUGCUCUCUCCGCUGCCUCCUCCGGAGCUGGGCUGCGUCCUUCCCCUCCCCCACCCGAAGAGGGGCUGAGUUGAGCCGCUUCGGGUCCGCUUUCAUGUGGAUGUCUCUGAUCCCGAGCCCUUCUCUCCUCCACACCACCCGAUGUGACCCUCCCGAGCCGUGCUCCAGGCGCUGAUCCGAGGAGGAGAAUCCAUCUUCAGCCCAGUGCCAAGCGGAGGGGGAGGGAGGGACCAAGAGGGGGGUGAGCCUCUUUGGGACUAACUCAUGAAGAACAAGGGUGCAAAACAGAAGUUGAAACGAAAAGGUGCUACCGGUGCAUUUGGCUGUGACCUGACUGAAUAUCUGGAGACCUCGGGCCAGGAUGUUCCCUAUGUACUAAGGAGCUGUGCAGAAUUUAUUGAGACUCAUGGCAUUGUGGAUGGAAUCUAUCGACUUUCAGGAGUAACAUCAAACAUCCAAAAACUGAGGCAGGAGUUUGGCUCAGAUCAAUGUCCAGAUCUGACAAGGGAAGUUUACCUUCAGGACAUUCACUGUGUGGGCUCCCUUUGUAAGCUGUACUUUAGAGAGCUGCCCAACCCUCUCCUCACUUAUGAGCUCUACGAGAAAUUCACGCAAGCAGUGUCACACUGCCCAGAAGAAGAAGACCAAUUGGCCCGAAUCCAAAAUGUCAUCCAGGAACUUCCCCCACCACAUUAUAGGACCUUGGAAUACCUGAUCAGGCACCUGACCCAUAUCGCCUCCUUCAGUAACAAGACCAACAUGCACACCAGGAACCUUGCAUUGGUGUGGGCACCAAAUCUUCUCAGGUCUAAGGAAAUUGAAGCUAUUGGCUGUAAUGGAGAUGCGGCCUUUCUUGCCGUCCGAGUCCAGCAGGUGGUGAUUGAGUUUAUCUUGAAUCACGUGGAUCAAAUUUUCAGCAGCUCAUCCUGCUCCAUAGAGAAUGAUGAAAACAGGCCAAUUAUGAAAAGUCUGACUUUGCCUGCCCUCUCCCUCCCAAUGAAGUUGGUGAGCCUUGAAGAAGCUCAGGCUCGGAGUCUGGCUACUAACCACCCCGCACGCAAGGAGAGGAGGGAGAAUAGCCUGCCUGAGAUUGUGCCGUCCACAGGAGCCCUCUUCCAUACUGUCCUUGAGUUACCAGACAACAAAAGGAAACUCUCUAGUAAAUCUAAGAAGUGGAAGUCAAUAUUUAACCUGGGACGUUCUGGCUCAGAUUCAAAAUCAAAGCUGAACCGGAAUGGAAGUGUAUUUGUGAGAGGACAGAGACUUUCUGUAGAAAAAGCUACCAUCCGACCUGCCAAAAGCAUGGACUCUCUCUGUUCUCUGCCAGUAGAAGGGAAGGAAGCCAAAGGACAUUUCAAUCGGACUGUCACCACUGGAGGAUUUUUUAUCCCAGCGAUGAAACUGCAGACGACCAGUACUGGCAGCUCUUGUGACCUUAGCAAGCAAGAGGGCGAAUGGGGCCAGGAUGGAGGCCCAGCGGGAGCUGAGGGGGGCUCUGUUAUGGGUGGCAAGGCUCCUCAGGCCCGCCCACCACCAGAGCAGCUGAAGGUGUUUCGAGCCGUGGAGGAUCCAGAAAAUGACCAGGCGUCCCCAAAGAUGCUUGCCAUGUUCUACACUUCAAAUGAUAGCUCCAGCAAAUCAGUCUUCACCAGCAGCCUCUUCCAGAUGGAAUCCUCCCCUCGUCACCAGCGGAAGGCCCUCAACAUCUCAGAGCCAUUUGCGGUCUCAGUACCCCUUCGGGUAUCAGCAGUUAUCAGUACCAACAGCACCCCUUGCAGAACACCUCCUAAGGAAAUGCAGUCACUCUCUAGCCUAGAAGAGUCUUCUUUCCAAGGGGCUGAGGGUGGGGGUUGGCCUGGGUUUGAGGAGGAGAAGACACCUGUGGCUGAUGCUUCUGCAGCUUCUGCAUCUCAGAAAUUAAGAACCAUAAAGUCUGAAUCUCUGGAAGACUCCAAACCAAUACCUGAAAAGGAAAGGGCAGUGGAAUGCAGCUGUAAUCAUUCCCCAGAGCCAAGUACCUACCCUAGAGAGAAAGAAAUCUGUACCAUAUCAGCAAGUUUGCCAUUUUCAACCACACUAGAGAAGAGACAGGAUUCAGAGGAAGCCACAAAGAUCAGUGAAAGCCUACAGAGUGAGCUCAGUGCUCAGCAGGAGAGCUCCAGCGACAAAAAAGAAGAUGCUAUGUUCCUUUCAGAAAUGGAUGAAGAUGACUCUUCGAGUGCCCUGAUGUGGCCUGAGAUUCAACAAGAGCUGAAAAUCAUUGAAUCUGAGGAAGAGCUCCAGGCUCUACCAUCAACUGCCCCAAUGAUCAGCACAAGUCAACCAAUUCUUAUCUCAAGUCCAAAGACCACCCUAUCUCCUUGGACAAGGGGCUUCUCUGAUGACUCCAGUCUGUCUGUAGUCCCCAUGGAAGAGACUACAGAUAAAACCAGUCAGGCCCCACCUCCAGAGGGUGCUGUUAUCCCCAUGACUAGAGUCCAAGGAGACCCACAGCAGCUCCACAGCCACCAGCGGACCGAACAGGCAACCAAGCUGUUGUCUGAGCAGAGUAGGCAGGGGGACUCUGCUUCUCCACAGGACAGUCUCCUAACGGGCAGCUCAGGGAAUCUAUUUUCACCUCCCCCACCUCUAGAGCAAACUCUUCAGAAAGAAGACUCUGUGACAAAUAGCCCUGAGAGAGAAGAAACUUCAGAGGCUAUGGGAGCAAAUCCUCAUUCACAGCAGACCCGGGCUGUAGACAGUCCUGGUGAUCCUGGCAGCUUCUACCAGAGAGAAGAAGUUAUCUCAGAACAGGGGGAAAAGCAAAGUCCCAAGGAGAAGACAGAGAAACUGGCUUCAGGGGGAGAAGGUCAACUAAGGGAAUUUGGGACCUUGCCACAUAGAGAGAGGGAUAGAGCCAGUCUAAUGCAGGACACUUUUGACUAUGAUGAAGAAGACACCUCCACUGACAUUGCACCACAGAGUUUAGAAAUGGUAGAGCCUUGGGAGGACCACCAGUGGGUCACAAGCCCUCUUCAUUCCCCAACACUGAAAGAUAUUCAGGAAAAUCACCCUCAAGAGCUCCUCCUGCUAAAUCCAAGAAAGAAGAGGCUCCCUCAUAGACCCAGUUUCGUUCAGAGUCAUUCCUUAGACAGUGAAACUACCAUGAGAAACCAGUGGACUCAUCCAUUCCCUUCAUUGAGUAGCUGUGUCAGUCUGGGAUCAUUAAUGGCUUUUGACCCUUUACAGCUGCUGCCACCCAACAGAGAAAAAGGUGAAUGGGAAAAGAAAGCACCAAGACAUUCCAAAGAGCUCUCAGAGCCAGAGGGAACAGAAGAUGUCCUUGGCACGAAUUCAGGGGGAGACAUACAAUCCAAGACAGUAAGAACUAGUCCUGUCUGCUUUACAGAGAAAGAAACAAAAGUUGAUCAAGAAAGCCUUCAGCCAGACCCUUCGAUGCCUGUGAAUCAACAAGGUAGCUGUGGCUCAGGAUCAGAGAAUGCUAGGGAAAAUAGUCCAUCCAGAGUUCAGGACAAGGCCAGCCCCGGAAUGCCUCUUGUUACCAAAGGUGAGUUGCUUCCUUCCCCCAAGUUACAGCUAAAGAAUAAUGAUUGUGUGCCACCUAAAGGGAAGAAUAGACCCUCUUCCCUCAACCUGGACUGUGUACCUCUCCUAAAUGACUUCUUUAGGUUUGAGAAUGUGAUUUCACUCAGUUCACCUGGAAGCCAACUGUAUGACCAAGGAGAAGCUAAAAAGAAAGAUCCCAACUACCCAUGGUCCCCCCUCUGCAUGACCUCACCUCAAAGUAAAGCAGACCCCUGGAGAGUUCACUGUGGUCCCCAGGACCUAGAUAUGGUUACUCAUGCCUUAACAGGCCGCCGUAAUUCUGCCCCUGUGAGUGUAUCAGCAGUGAGAACUUCCUUCAUGGUCAAAAUGUGCCAGGCCAGGGCUGUGCCCGUCAUACCACCUAAGAUUCAAUACACUCAGAUUCCACAGCCACUCCAGGCUCAGAACAUAGGGGAUGAUGUACUUCCCCCUGUAGAGAAGGCCAAAGCAGAGGCCAGCCCAACUGGUGAGACACCUCCAAAGUCUGCUGGGGAUGAUUCACCUCCUUCCCUCGGGAGACCUAGAAAGAACACAAACCCAGAAAGAAAGGAAAACGAUUCCAUCCAGAUGGACUCCACAUCUUUUGUGUCUGAUGACCACACCCUUUCUCCAGAUCCAUGCGUGUCUUGCCUCCUCUCCUCCCAGGAUGCUUCAGUACCCUGCAGGAAACGUACAUCAGAAACAGAACCAUCUGGAGACAAUCCACUUUCUUCAAAAAUUGAGCGGUCGUCUGGGGUUUCCAAACCUUUCCACAGAUCAAGACCGGGAAGACCUCAAAGCCUAAUCUUGUUUAGCCCUCCCUUCCCUAUCAUGGAUCACCCAUCUUCCUCUUCAGACUCCAGGGUCUUACUUUCCCCUAUCAGAAGCCCCACCCAAACAAUUUCUUCUGGUGUCAUUUGUGGUGAGCUGGCUGAGAACACGUGGGUGACUCCAGAAGGAGUCACACUUAGGAACAAAAUGACUAUCCCUAAGAAUGGCCAGAGACUAGAGACCUCAACCAGUUGCUUUUACCAGCCUCAGAGGAGAUCAGUGAUUCUGGAUGGAAGAAGUGGGAGGCAAAUAGAAUGACAUCAGCUUACCUACCACUCUUUCACUUGGAACCUUUUACUCUGUCUUAAAAGACUACAGGGCUCUGUUAAGAUUUGCCUGGGUAUUAUUUUAUGGCCAACUCUUAUUCCAGAGGAAAGUUAACCAGCUUUGGGAUUUUCCAGGCUUUUUGUUUCCCUUUUGUAUCCAUUCUACUGGCAAUCUUGAGGUGAUUCAGGUGCUCAUUAAUACUUACUAACAGGAUUCGGGUGCCCAGUGGAAAGGCAAAGAUGAAAUUCAAUUCAGUCUAUUUUCCUGCUUAUUAGUAGCUAAAGGGAAACAUGUUCAGUGAGAGAGAUGACUAAAAUGCAAUCUGGAAAUCAUUUGUGAAUUGUGUUUGUUCAUUCAUGCUAUCUUUAUCUAAUACCAUUGAGAGUUGGCCAUAAUAAUGCCCUUUGCGACAAAGAACAAUCUUUUUCCUGUAUCAGAAGACAUUGUUUCUGAGGUUUCUGGUUUCUUGUUUUCCUUCAUAUUAUUUAAUGCUUUUUAAAGCUCUUGCUUCUUUUUUAACUUUUUCUAAUAUGCUUCAUAAAAUUCUACUUUCAGAAAAGAGAGUAGAUUUGGAAAUAUAAGCCUACUGUGCCCUUAGAAAUUCAGGCAGGUGAAUUAACAAAUACACUUUUUCCUUGAUGGUCCCACAUCUAUGCAUGCCACCAAGCUGGUGCUACUGGCUAAAAGUACAGCAUAGAAAAUAAAACCCCACAAUAACAAAUCCUGUGAUUGACACCAAUUAGGAAGAGACUUUUUCUCAUUUGUAUUUAGCAAUGUGUGAAUUUGCCUGCCUUUCUCAUUUACAUACCCAGUAACUCGAGAAAAACAUUGAGGGCUAUGAUAAUGAUGGAUGCUCUUUUUAUUUGGGGCACUGCAGUGCUAAAUUGGAGCUAUUUUGCUUCCCUCCAAAUCUUUCAAAUGUCAGAGUAAAAGAAUAUGUUAUAGUAUAUAAACUGCCUGCAUAGAAAAUACGGGAUGAUGCCAGUAUUUUUUAGCUAGUGGGGACAGAUUCCUCCUUUUCCCCUCCUCCCUGAAAGGGCUCAUUCUUGGGGGGAAGGAUGGAGAAGGGAGACAGUGGCUAGUAAAGAGGUUCCCCCUGGCACCCCAUCUAUCCCAAGGUAAGAGCUCCCCUUACAGAAGAUACAUUUUAAUUGCAGCCAACAAAUCACCUCCUUUCUCCCUGCCUUCUCAGUUCUCCACCCAUCCUCAUGCUCAUACAUGCUCCUUAGUCUACUUUCUCCAGAUACUUAAGGAAGAAUCUAGCCUGACAUUCCUCUGGCCCCAACUAUUUCGCCUUCCUUAUGGGAUGCAAGAAAACCAUACAACCACAAUCUGGAGUUAGGUUUUUGAAAAAAGCACUCCAGCUUCAAUCCCACAUAAGACAACCUAUAUACCAGUUCAUUUGCUUUGCUGCCCCAAUAAAGGAAACUUUCCUGUUUAAAGGUCAAAUGGAGAUGUGACUGUAUUGGUGAUGCUUUUCCUAGUAGCUCUGUCACCUCUUUGCUCCCGCCAUCCUCUUUUCAGGUCAAAUCCUGGCUAACUCUAACACUCUGCCCAGGUUCAGCCACCCAAGAAGAAUUAGGCAGAGAUGCUACUCUACCCUGGCUUGAUGACAUUCCACUUCAUUCAUUUAUAAAUUCAAAAAUGAUGCCACAAGAAGGGACAUAAGAAGUCACCUAGUUCAAGCCUCUCAUUUUAUGGGUGAGAAACAAGCCCCAAAGAAACAAAGUGAUUUGCCUAAAGUCAUACAGCUAGCAAGUGAGAGAACCCAAGACUAGAGCUUUCACUUUCUCCCCAAUAAACCAGAAAUUUUUUUUGGACUGGUAUCUUGAUCAGAGGUAUCUGACAGGUCACUGUGUAGGAAGUAUUGUAUCAGUUGGUUUGGGGGAAGAGUUCUACACGUCAGGGGAAUUGAAACAGGUUGAACAAAGAGGUUAAAGUUCUUUGGCUGGUUUCAAUACAUUCCUAAUAGGGGCAAUUAAAAAUGGUGGCUGAGCUCAGCAGGGAAGGCAGAUAUUUAAGCAGUAAGGCAAGAGGAUCUCCUUAAAAACUGACCUGUAGGAAUGGGUUUUACUGGCAUAUAAUGUUAUUCUAGAGUUACAUUAAUUAAAAAUAACUGGGGUGAGAUUAUAAAUUUGGUGUCCAAAAAUUUCAAAUGUUGGAGUAGUUUCCUGUGCCAAAGAUACAUUUCCACCUUUAAAAAAAAAUUUUAGUUUGAGACACAAGUCAAUCCCUAGGCUCUUGUCAACUGCUCUUUGGUAUGGACCAUUCUGCCAUCAGCUCUCCCUUAAGAACUGCAUGUUAGAACACAAUUAGAAUUAAAUGAUGAAAGCAUCAGCAUUUUGCUUCAUAAUCAGAAAACCUCUGAGCUCAGUAAAGAUAUAUUUAAAAUAUAUUAUGGAUAUUUUGAAUUCUUGAUUGUAACACAUUAGAGUACAUUUUUGUUAUUUUGCUAUUACAUUGAAAAGCCAUUGGGUUGCCUAUUAGUAAGUGACUAAAUUUUCAGUGCUCAGUGUUUGAUUUCAUAUAUAUGUGUGUAUAUACAUACACAUCAUACAUACAGAUGUGUGUAUACAUGUCUUCAGUUUGACUUUUAGAUUCUGACACUAUAUUUAAAGACGCAUCUUCAAGAGCUUAAGUGGAAGUUCUCAAAAUACAUAUUGGAAUUUGUCUAGGGACAAAUUCUACCAUCCUUCCCAAGCCAGUCAAAUCCUACAGGCUUUGCAUGCUGACUUUUCCUCAGAAUGCCUCUGCUAGAAUUUGAGAAACUUAUUCUAUCAGUAGUUUUCUAUGAAUGAUUGACAAAAAAGAAUAAUACCUUCUUUGGUUUUCUAUUUGAUUCCUGGAGAAAUAGACCCUAAAUUCCAUGAAGUUUUUCCCAGGCACUGCUGUAUAUGCAGGUACUAAAAGAAAUCCUUUCAAUACUUGUAAAUGAUAAAGCAAACCCCUCCAAGGCUUACUGUAACACAUUGAAACCACUGACUAAAAAGUGACCCAUCUGAUUUCAUUGUCCAGUGAGGAAAAAUACCUUGGGUUUUCCCAUUCAUUCCCUUAGUUCAUGCACUGAAAUUGAGAUCCUCUGAGAGUAGAAGCAAGUCAGGGCUGGCCAUCUGUGACUGGGGAAGUUCUGAUGCUGGGCCACUUCACAGUGUGGCUAUGUUAGGAAGAUACUAUAGCAUUAUAGACUUGGUUUCAUGCUAAAGAGAAAAUGGCAAUAACAAUUCCUUGGGGAAUUCCCCAAAUUAUCUGAAGUCAACUGAUAGAAAUUUUAUCCCAUUCAAACAUGUAUACACGGAGAAGCAGUUGAAUUUUGUCACAGAAUGGCUACAGCAGGCCAAGACUUGAUGAUCCUGUCAAAAAAAAACUAGAGUAAAGAUAUCUAUCUAUUCAAAUGGAAAUGGAAGUUUUGACUUAGUUUGAUUCAUUUGAAUAGGAAGGAAGAAAAGCAGCCUCCUCUAAACUAUGGUGAAGUCUGAGUCAAAAAAUUACCAAGGAUGUUAAAAAUCCAAGCAUCAAUUAGCAGCAACAACAAUAAACAUUAAGUGCUUACUAUGUAAAUGAUAGUCUCACAGUUUCAUCAAUAUUUAUUAAAAAGAUUUAUUAAUUUCUUAUGUAACUCCAUAUUAUGAACAAAAAAGGCUGGCAGUUAAGACACAGCUCACAUGAACUAGAAACACUGAAUAAAGAAACUGGGAUUGAAGAGAGUGCAAUGUUGCUUUCUUAAUGUUACUCUCUAGGCCCACCCAUUUCCAGACAGGUAUUUUCCAAAGGCUGUGUGGUUCCUACCAAAGUACUACUUGAGAACAUUCAAUACCAAAUGAAGUGUCAACAGAUUAGAUAACCAUCUGUGCCUUCUCGUUCUGCAUGAUUUUUUCCAUUUUCUCCAGAUAAUGGAGAAAAUAUUCGAUAAGUCUAUCCAAUGUGCUGAGAACCUCUUAACAUUCUAUUGGUAGCAGUGCCAACAAUGAGACUGUUUUCAUCUGAAAAUGGGUAGGUUCACAUGUGAUUCUUCAAUGACGGAUUUUAGGUUCUAACAUAUUAGAUAGUUGUAUUUAUUUUUAUUGUUUCUUAUAUAGCAGAAUCAGAAGAACUAGCCCAAAUUGGGUAAAGGGGGAAGGAUGGUGGGUGCAGGGAAUGUCUACAUGUGUCUUGGAGUUUCCUACAUGAAGGGACACUACUGAACACCAAAUUUACAUGUCUGGAAUUGGAGUGGAAGAUCUUGGUUAGACUCAACCUAGCUAGAUGACAGUCAUGUACUGUAUUAUGGCCUAAUUUCUCAGAUGAUGCCUUGAAGCUUAGGAUGAAGUGUUCCCAGAAGGGUAAUUCCAGAUACUUUGAGGGUCAGGGGAAAAAAACAGGGAAGACCAAUCUCUUGGCUGAGAUAAACCCAACUCAAUACAACCCAGUUUUAGCAACUAAGUGACAGAGCAGGAAGUGAGCAACUGUCUAAUACAGGGAUGAGGAGUGAUUAGUUGGGAGCUCUACCAUUUCAGAAAGCACAUAAUUAGGGAUUAUCCCAGCGUGUCCCCAAGCACACAACAAUCAGUAUUUCUUGACAGUAAGAAGGGAAAUGUGAGUUACUUUUCUAAUAAAGUGAGGGAGGGUAGGAAGUCCAUGAACCACCACCAUGGUAUCGGAAUGUGUGUUAUUGGAUGAGUUACAAGGCUUUGCAGUAAUUUAGCACCACAGUACUUCCUCAUUGAUGAUUUUGCAAGGUGAAGCACUUUUCCAAAGGUUUCUAUUUGAAAGCCACAGGAUUUCAGUUGUGUGCUGAAAUCCACAAACUUGUUUUCCAAAGUAUAAUCAAAAUAUUUUUUUCUGAUUUAAAAUAAAAUGUAUGAAUAAAUAUUACAUUAAACAUAUACAGAGAAACAUAUAAUGUGUAAAGAUAAUUGUUAUGCUUCCAAAAUUUAUACUAAUAAAUAUUUUAAAGUACAGUGUUUGUGCUGGGAAAAUGAAUGUGAGGAGACAUUGGGAUACUCAUUAGAACUUGAUUAUGUCAAUGACAGAAUAAAGGAGUAUCCCCUAUGCA